UAUGCUAGCUCUAGUAUGCGGACGGUUAACUUGAACAGCGGCUCUGCCGUCGCCGUCGCCGUCGCCGUCGACGCUGUCGUCAUCGUCUUGGCCGUAGCCGCGCUCUCGCCCAUAAUAAAUUGUGGCGCUUGGCCCAGCGGAGAACUCAGUGAUCCGACGUCGGGCAAGCGUGGUGAAAGCGUAGCAUUGAGUACUGAUCAUUUGCAUUUGGAUCACAGCAUUAUGUCUGCCAGCUACGAGCAAGUCAAAGAUGUGCCCAAUCAUCCAGAGAUUUACCUGAUUGAUGUCCGCAAUCCGGACGAACUGACGGCCACGGGCAGCAUACCCUCCAGCCUCAAUAUACCCUUGCCCGAACUGGAGUCGGCUUUAAAGUCUGCGGCCGAGGAUUUUGCACAGAAAUAUGGACGCGCAAAGCCGGGCAACGAUGCCGAAAUCAUAUUCACUUGUCGCUCCGGCAGACGCGCCCAGCAGGCCGCAGAGAUCGCCAAGAGCGCAGGUUUCACCAACCUGAGCGUCUAUCACGGCUCCUGGCUGGAGUGGGCCGAGAAGGAGGGUCUGCCACAGUGAGAUCGCGAAUACCCUUCCCACCAGCACUUACUUUUGACCCUUAAAAUAUCACUUAGUUACAAUGUUUAAAUUCCAUUUAUGAUAUGUGCGCACAAUAGAAAAUAUGGUUUUGGAAUAAAUUUCGAUCUUAGAAGCAAGUA